UUCGACUUUCGUCAGUCUUGUGAAGCUGCGCAGGAAAGCAACAUCGUGUCAGGCAUAACCUGGGGGACGAGACUAGACGUGGAACCAGGAUUCUCUUCUCAAUUUGAUAUAUCCUCAUGUCAGGCCGUCUGUCCGUUCUAGAAAGUGCACCUCAGAGUAUAUGGUCGAUGCUUAGAUGGCAAACCUCAGGCAUAAAUGUCCAUAGCUCAAAGACCUCUAGACGAAGGAUACACACAACAGGAGUGAAUGCAUCGGCCCAGACCAUAUACAGAGUCAGCACCCUAUCUUGGCUUGUAGGCCCAGAGGCGACUCAGCCGAAGUCAACACUUAUCGACUCGACUACUAUGUUUAGCCCCCAUACUACGACAACUAUUCGUACUACUACUAACCCAUCACUCACCAAGAAAGCACUGCAUUCUAGCCAACCAUCUGGACUCGUGCUCAUGCAGAGGCGACAUACCACUUGCAUACAGCCAAGGAUAGCAUACAUAUGUCGCUUACCCCGGCGUCAAGUCCACGAAUCUCGACCGGCAGUGCCUGAUGCACGGCACGAGCAUCCGAUGCAAUAAGCGAGACACAGCAAUCAGACGAAAGCGACGAUGAUAAGAUCUAAAGCCUCCAGACUGAAGUAGAUACGAGAUAGGGGGCAGGGGCAAACAAGCAGGUUGCAUCGCGGGCGAUGAUAAUGAAGUGACUGGGCUUGGCAGGUCCAGCCUCAACGCGUCGCAGAUCGGCUUUUCUUCGGA